GAAACUUCCAACGGGGGCGAAGUUUCCACAGUUUUGCCGCUUAUUUAUCCGCCACGGAGUUUAUAAGUUGUAUUACCGGCCUGAGAACUAAUAGGUUUCACAUGCAAGAAGUGCUCUACCAAAUGUUUAUUUUUUUUUUUUGGAACUUAGUCUACAGAAGCACGUGGCUGUAACUUCCAAGCUAUGAAAGUUUUUAGCAUUUAUUUGUGGAUGAUAAUUGUAAAACACCUGAAGCUUUCCAGGCUGAAGAACUCCUCGAAGAACUCUUAAACGGUUUAUCAGCAAUCAGACCGAAAUCCUGCCGUAUCUCGACGCCGAUCUCGCUCGCUCGCUCCCCCAGAAUCAGUUUAAAAAUCAGAAUUCAGGAAAUUUGAAAUUCGAACCAAUUUUUUUCCUACCGGAACAAUCCCGACACUAAAAUAACAUUUGUACAGGGCGUCCUGGGUCAAGAUAAUGCCUUGUGAAGUUCGGUAGUGUUCGGAAGGACUAUUAAGGGAUAUGGCAGUGCUCCGUAGCAUCCUGCUUAGUGUCCUUAUAGGGGCGACGUACGCCACUGAUAACGGACAAUGCAGGUCGGCCUUGGGCAUGGAAGAAGGGCGCAUCCCUGACCACGCGAUAUCCGCCAGUUCAUCCUACGAGGCGAAGAGCGUGGGACCUCAAAAUGCGAGGAUUCGUCAGGAGAAAAACGGGGGCGCGUGGUGCCCCAAGGCGCAGAUCAGCAGCGAUAUUAAGGAGUACCUCGAAGUGGACCUCCAGCGGAACCAUCUGAUGACCUGGACAGAGACCCAGGGUCGGUUUGGUAAUGGACAAGGACAAGAAUAUGCCGAGGCCUUCCUGGUGGAGUACUGGAGAAGCUCCUUGGGGCAGUGGGUCACUUAUAAGGAUUCCCGAGGAGAGAAGGUCCUGACUGGAAACAGUAACACGUACCUGGUGGUGCGCCAAAGACUAGAGCUACCCUUUGUCGCGUCCAAGGUGCGUUUCAUCCCUUACAGCGAGCACCCCCGUACCGUCUGCAUGAGGGUGGAACUGUACGGCUGCCCCUGGGAACAGAGUCUGAUAAGAUACGACGCGCCGAGGGGCGAAAUUAAGGAACCGGACGUGGAUCUGGAGGACAUCAGCUACGACGGCCUCCUGGAGGGCAGGGACAUGCGGGGAGGCCUGGGGCAGCUGGUGGACGGCCUCUAUGGCGACGACGAUUACCAGAAACAGCUCAAUGGUGAACAAUCUGGCAGUAGAUGGGUCGGCUGGUCCAACGAGUUCAGAAACGGCGAACCCCUGGAGAUCACGAUAGAGUUCGACGGUCUCAGGGAGUUCAACGCGGUCCACCUGCACACCAACAACAUGUUCACCAGGGGCGUGCAACUUUUUGGCAAAGCGGAAAUCUGGUUCAGUCUGGACGGAAUCCGAUAUCAACCGGAUCCAGUGAUCACCACCAUAGAACCGGAUCGCACCCACGAGGCCGCCCGGAAUGUCACCAUUGCCCUUAAGGGAAAACCAGCCAGGUUUAUCAAGCUCCGCCUGUAUUUCUCCGACCAGUGGAUCCUCCUGAGCGAAAUGUCUUUUGAGUCACUCCUCCUGGCGAACAACUUGACGGUGGACGACCUGGAGAAGUACUACUUGCUCCCGGAGGAUCCGGUGUCCACCACCGUCCCUAAGGGCGAAACCACCCAUGCCAGGAAGGAAGUCACCCCCGCCACCAGCCCUACCAGCAUAGGGCAGGCCUAUAUAGGGCUGAUCACCGGGGUGAUGGCCAUGGUGAUCCUCCUGGUGGUGUGCACGGUGUUCCUAAUGGUGCGCCGCGGGAAGAAGAAGGUACAUACGGUGGCGUUGCUGCACAAACAUACCGCCUUGGUGUCCAGCAGUACCAAGCCCACUACGAUCAAUAUGAAAGACUUGAAGACUCUGUCCACUCCGAUAAUUAAUAACGGGCUGUCCAGGUCCAGGGUGUCAGUGAAGAGCAAAAGUGGGACUUUAACACCUGGGGAUGGCACCGUUUUGAAGCAAAAGAAGUGCAACUUAUACGGACACGUCAAUGGCGAAGAGUCCGACAGCGAAAACUCUUCCGUUUACCAUGAGCCUUACAAGCUACUGCCCAAUGGUAAGCAAGAGUAUGGCUGUCUACUGAAGAAGGACGUCAUCACUUCGAGUAAAAGUGCCGACUAUGCUGAUUUCACUGGACCAAACGGGUUUCCCGAGGACCUGAAGUUUUCCUCGCCGUCGUUCUACAAUUUGACGCCUCCCCCGCCUCCCACCUCCCGUCCCCCCACUUACGAUCAGAACUUUCAAAUCCCCAACGGCACCCCCAACGGGGUCAUACAUUCGGAAAACUACUACGCCGCCACCGAUAUUAUUAAGGGUGAACGGAGAGAACAACACUUCACCCCAGGUAGGUUCACCCCGAUCAAACUACCGGAAGGGCCUCCGCUAGAGGGCGUAGCUCAUCUCCUAGAUUUCCCGAGACAUCGACUGAGACUCCUAGAGAAACUGGGAGAGGGAGACUUCGGGAUGGUUCACCUGUGCGAGGCUGAAGGCCUCCCGGAUUUCAACGGAGGCUCCUCCUUCCACAAGAAGCAACUGGUGAUCGUGAAAAGCUUGUGGCGCGGAUGUGGUGAUGCCAAACGCCACGAAUUCCUAAGGGAAACCUCUUGGUUGGCCGGUUUAAGGGAUGCGAACUUGGCGAGGGUGGUGGGACUGUGUAGCCAGGACGAGCCGAUGUGCGCCCUGUUGGAACACGCGGAGGGCAACGAGCUCCCGAAGUUUCUCGCGCCCAAGGUGACCUUCGAGGAUGGAAACCCCGUGGCGCCCACCGUCAGCUACGGAUCGCUGAUCUACGUGGCGACCCAGAUAGCCUCCGGAAUGAAGUACCUGGAGUCCCUGGAUCUGGUCCAUAGGGACCUGGCGGCAAGGAAUUGCGUUAUAGACAAGAAUUACACCGUAAAAGUCUCAGAUCAUGCCAUGUACUGUGACAGGUAUGAGAGUGAGUAUUACAUAAGCGAUACGAAGGCCAGGUUGCCCCUGAGGUGGAUGUCCUGGGAGGCCCUUUUACUGGGCCGACAAACGACCAAAAGUGACGUCUGGUCGUUCGCGGUCACCCUCUGGGAGAUUUUGAUGUUGUGCACGCAGCAACCGUACGCGGAACUCACCAGCGAGCAAGUGGUCGAGAAUUCGAACCAUUGGUACCAAAACGACGGGUGUCAACGGUACCUCCCGAGGCCCCCCUUGUGCCCCAGGGAGAUCUACGACCUGAUGGGAGAAUGCUGGAAACGUAACGGCCCCGAUAGGCCCAGAUUCUCCGAGAUCCACCUUUUCUUGCAAAGGAAAAACCUCGGGUUUAACCCUAACGUUGUAUAGGCCACGCAUUAUAAUACGACAUAUCCGCGACGGUAUAUUGUACAUUACAGAUUUGGUUCGGGACUCAAAUGAAACAGGAAUUAUUAGAUAGCGAAAAUAAUAAUUGAAUGUUAUACAGGGUGGCCCCGAGAAAGGGGGGCGCGUCAGUAGAUUUUUUACCCUUCGAGCUGUACAUUCUGGUCGCUUCUAGAUUUAUAUGUAGAGUGUACCCUUGAAUGGGACACCCUGUAAGAUGUUUUUUAGGUUUUUAAAUGUGAUAUUCAUUCAAUUCCUAUAGGAAAUUAAAAUGGCAAUUUAAGCACCUUAAAUCAACGAACCUUAAAUCCGGUGGUCAUGGAGGCCCUGGGGCAUCUUUGAGGUGCUUAGUUGUAAUACUUGAAAAAUAUUCUCUGACCAAUUAGUAGUGGAAAUAUAAAUUAAAUAACGCCUCCUUUUGUAUUAUAUUUUCAUAUACAGGGUAUAAGCUCUGUAUAAACUCGCGAGGACUGAAUAAGACUGUUUGAACCUCUUGUAUUAAUUGUUAAUGUAAAAAAUACAUAUAUGUAAUCGUUUUUUGAAAAUAUCGUGAAUUUUUGCAUAUCUCUUUAUUAACAAAAAAGUAUCCUUUCAUUAUUAAACAGUAAUAAUAUAUUAUUAAUUACUAUGUAAAUUGUUGUAAAAGAUCCUGAAGAGAAAUGCUCAAAUAUGUACAAAAAAAAAUUCUGGUUGUACCCUCUCCCCGUCCCACCCCCACCCCAAAAAAAAGAAUGUUUUUCAAGUAUCUAAUUGUACAAAAAAAAACUGUACAUUUUUUGUUUCAAACGCGAUUCUAAAAGUACUGUUUAAUGCAGUAUGUAAAACGUCAAAUUUGUGAUUUACGAAUAAUAAUAAUAAUAAUAAUAUUAUGGAAUUUUUCGAAUAAACAUAAGGCUCUCCCCCACCCCUUUUCAAAUAUUUACUGCCAAUUAUUGUACAUAAUGAAACUCUUAAACCGCCCCCGGUAAGUAACGGACGGCGGCCAUCUUGGAUAGCCACGUGACGCGUCUGUUUACCUAUAGGCCCGAUCACGUGACGCCUGUCAGCUGACCGGGGGGCGUGAUUAUUAUUUCUCAAUUACGAGGGUUAUUCGAAUCUUUUUUUCUCGUGUAAAUACACCCCGAUAAUGUAUAAAUAUAAAAGAAUUGUUCUAGAAUUAUAAGAAGAAAUAUGGGCAUAAAUAAACACUGACGAAAGUUUCGUUCCUUUUUUUAGUUUUAAGGUUCGAGAAAGAAAAAAACAAAAAAAUGUUUGUCAAUAUUUUUAAGAUUAUUAAUUAACUAAUAUAUAGUGACAAAGAAGGUUAAUUUUCUAAAAAAAAAGGCGAAAAAAAAACGAGAUUAUUCUGACCUGGUAUAUAAUAUAACGAAAACAAGGCAGAUAUACAGGGUGCGAAUAAUUUUUUUUAUGGACUUUUCGCCAAUAGUAGCACUAAGACAAUCAGGUGCGUAACUUAUGCUUUUAGUAGGUGAAAAGGCAUAAUUAGGCCACAAAUAGGAUCCCCCACCUCUCACACUUUCAGCCACACCCUACUUGUAGAUUUUCCCAUUUUGUUUCGCUAUUUCCCUUCAAAUCUCUAAGUGUAUGUAAAAAGUGUUGCUAGUAUACCCCCCCCUGACUUUUUCACACGACCAUUUUUAUAUACAUAAAUAAAGUAGGUUGUUUAAUUAAUUGUAUUUUAAUACAUAUCACUUGAUAAUUUUCGAUUUUCACUAAUAUAUAAACAUUACUAACGUCGAAUUGGCAAAUAUGUGUAUUUUUUCCCUUGUAUAUAAUAACAUCUGGAUAUUGUUUAUUUAUUAUUAUGGUUAGGUAUUAAAGAAACAUGACUUGAA